AUGUCCGCAACGACAAGUACGAGUUGCCAUAUCUCGCCACAUUCAUUUGCGGUCAUCCCAAUUUCAACCCACUCCAUCCCAAUCCCGAACCCUUUUUCCAACCCUCAUUCCAACCAGAGCCCUGUUGAACCCUCCAAGGCUACACGAACAUAUCCAGCGCGACAGAAAUUUUCAAGAUCGCUUUCCUUUUCAACAGUAACGACGAUACAAAAUUCUCGUCCUCCCCUGAUGCACGCAUUUGGUGCAAAUGCACUUGCUUCAAAUACCUCCUUCGACGUCUAUGGUGGUGACCAGAAUUCUUCCUUCCUAGAAUUCGAUGCUUUCGCCGCUGAUCAUUCAUCUCACUUCCAAUACCUACGCGAUGUACCAACGGAGGCGGGUCUGAAAAGUGGAAGUAUCACGACGCCACUCGUUCAAACCAAUUCUCCAACACGGGUGCGACAGAGGGCCCGAUCGACUAGGCAACGAGUACAAGAGGUGACAUCAACCUCUGGCACGCGUUCGAUAGCAAAGGGCAGCAGAGCGGUGGAUGGAGCCUCAGAGCGGCUCAAGAGGACGGAGAGCGGGGGUGAUAUUUCUGGUUAUCAUCAGGGUCCUCGACAGGAAAACAAUAAGCCUGCAAAUCUCCGCGAUGCAGAGGCGGCCGCUCAGAGGGAGCUCGAGGAGGACGAUUAUGCGUGGUACUAUCGUAACCCACACCGCUAUGUGUGGCGUCCUCGAAAUGCGCGGAAAAGGAUGCAUAGGAGGAGAAGGAUCAUACAUGGAGUUGCCGCUGGAGAAGAAGGGGCGCCGACAAACAUGUCGUUAUUCAUUGCGUAUCUGCAGUCGCAGCAAUAUUCGCCUACGCUGAUCAGACCGCUAUUAGUAUCGGAGGCCCGCAAUAAAUCAACUUCUGUCACCGAAGAUGAGGGACCGCAUUCCAUGGCUCUGGUUGACCACGACGACGAGGAUGCAUCCAUGCUCUCUAUGCCUGACGCGCAGGAAGAUUUAUUUUCUCCCAAUGAAUGUCACUUCACAGACGGGCCCGAACACGAAUACACCUCCUACUCAUCAUCAUUGGAAAGUUCAGAUUCAUCUUGCGUCACGAUUUCUUCCGCAGCCUCUAGUCCGCAGCUGGGCUAUGAUACUCGCAACGACAAAAAUUACAACGAAAUGGUUUACCACUGGACUCGUCGAGUCUAA